AGCAAUCAUGUUUCUUGUCGAUUGGUUCUACGGUGUUCUUGCAUCUCUCGGUCUUUGGCAGAAAGAGGCCAAGAUCUUGUUUCUGGGGCUUGAUAAUGCUGGAAAGACAACGUUGCUUCAUAUGUUGAAAGAUGAGAGGCUAGUUCAGCAUCAGCCGACACAGUAUCCGACAUCAGAGGAAUUAAGUAUUGGGAAAAUCAAGUUUAAGGCCUUCGAUUUGGGUGGGCAUCAGAUCGCUCGCAGAGUCUGGAAGGAUUACUAUGCUAAGGUUGAUGCUGUGGUGUACUUAGUGGAUGCCUUUGACAGGGAGAGGUUUGCAGAGUCGAAGAAAGAGCUGGAUGCCCUCCUCUCAGAUGAGUCGCUGGCCAAUGUACCCUUCCUGAUACUUGGGAACAAGAUUGACAUACCCUAUGCAGUGUCAGAGGAAGAGAUGCGUUAUCAUCUCGGCCUAACAAACUUCACUACAGGCAAGGGUAAGGUAAACCUUGCAGACUCUAAUGUUCGUCCUCUUGAAGUCUUCAUGUGCAGCAUAGUCCGAAAGAUGGGCUACGGUGAUGGCUUCAAGUGGCUUUCUCAAUACAUCAAGUAGGGAAGGUAGGGAGAUGUAAUCCAGACACCCCAGAUGGUCUCUCAACUCCAUUCUGCUGCUGCUCCUCUGAUUGAAUGUGUUGCUCAUUUGGAUGAACGGCGAAGGAGGUAUUCUAUUAUCACUUGUAUCGUGUAAAAUGGUAAAACCAAUAUGGUGUAGUAGCGAAUUGGGGUGUGGUUUUGUAGCUUCUUCAAUUUAAGACGUUUUGUCACUUUUUACCUUGUUUUGGUCCUUCAAUUAGAUAAAGUAGAAGAUUGUGUUUUGUAUUACUAUCUAUUUUUACUGAAGAAUUCAUGAUUUGGCAAACUUAAUAAUGGGAAUUAGCUUUUAGUUUGUC